AUGCCAGCGACCAGGGUAAGCAUUGUUGCGGCUAUAUUGGCCCUCCUGCCUCUCAACCAGGCACAACAGCCUGCCACAACAGCCCCUGGGAACCCUGCGCUCACCACCUGGAAAUGCUCUAGCACCGGAGGAUGUGUGAUACAGGAUACCUCGGUCGUUCUGGACUGGGGGUAUCACUGGAUCCAUGCUGCCGGUGGCUAUGAAUCUUGCACAACCUCCUCCGGCGUCAAUAAAACCCUCUGUCCCGACGAGGCGACUUGUGCCAAGAAUUGUGUUAUCGAAGCCGCCAACUAUACCUCUGCUGGUGUAUCAGUAUCCGGGGACUCUCUGACAAUGCACCAGUAUGUCGAAAGCAACGGUGUAUACAGCAAUGCCUCUCCACGGCUCUACCUCCUUGGAGAGGAUGGAAACUACGUGAUGCUGCAGCUCCUUGGCGGUGAGCUCAGCUUCGACGUUGAUAUGUCCUCUCUUCCUUGCGGUGAAAAUGGGGCCCUUUAUCUGUCUGAGAUGAGUGCCACCGGUGGAAGAAAUGAAUACAAUACAGGCGGUGCUGAGUACGGCUCGGGAUACUGCGAUGCACAGUGUCCGGUCCAAACCUGGAAGAAUGGCACGCUCAACUCCGGUGGCCAGGGCUAUUGCUGCAAUGAAAUGGAUAUUCUCGAAGCCAACUCAAUGGCUAACGCAUACACUCCACAUCCAUGCAGCUCUACCGACUGCGAUAAGGGCGGGUGUGGCUUCAACCCCUACGCACAGGGUAUCACUAACUACUGGGGACCCGGUGAUACCGUCGACACCUCCAAACCCUUCACGAUCACCACCCAAUUCCUCACAGAUGAUGGCACCAAGACUGGCACGCUGACUGAGAUCCGGAGACAAUACAUCCAGAACGGGAAGAUCAUCGCGAACGCGAAGUCGUCAGCGGGCCUUGAUUCCAUCACUCAAUCGUGGUGCGAGUCUUCCGAUGGUUCUGCGGCGACAUUCGGCGGCUUGACCACUAUGGGCCAGGCACUUGGUCGUGGAAUGGUUUUGAUUUUUAGUAUCUGGAAUGACGGAAGCCAGUACAUGAAUUGGCUUGACAGCGGAAGUAACGGACCGUGCAGCAGUGCCGCAGGCAACCCAGCGACCAUCCUUGCCCAAAAUGCUACUACUCACGUUGUCUUUUCCAACAUUCGCUAUGGAGAUAUUGAUUCGACCUACACCAACCCCGAGGGCUCCGGCUCCGGUACUACUACCUCAAGCUCAACGUCCCUCACGACCAGCACGGCUACCAAGACCACCACAACCAAGGCAACGACCAAGGCGACUACGACGACGACUACCACCACCGCUAUAGGGGCAAUCCAAACUCACUGGGGUCAGUGUGGAGGUCAAGGAUGGACUGGCCCGACGGCUUGUGUAUCAGGAACUACCUGCAAGGUUCAGAAUCCUUAUUACUCACAAUGCUUGUAG